CCUACGGAGCCUCGUAAAUCCGUCUGUGUGGUCCUCGAUGCGGACUGGAACUCUCCAUGUAUCCUGCGUAGAGCACUUGGAAUGGAUUCUCCCGUACCCCAGGCGACGCGCCACAAUAAACACGGGCGGUGCGCGGGCCGUGCAGAGGCGUCUCGUGGCGGCGCCCCGCGCGGAAUCGUGGCACGAGCGUGACUCGUAGGUCCCGUGGCUGCUUCAGCUGAGUUCAUCCGGACUGGCCGUGGGACCCUCUGAUCUCGGUAGUCGGGCUGGGUGCCCUUCUGAGAGUUUUCAACACAAAGUAGGGUUUUGCUAUAAAAGCAGUAGCCCUAAGGAAUCUUUUGAAGUUACUACUAUAGAGAACACCACCACAAAUAGCAACGAUGCCUGCAGAAGGAGGGAAGACCGAUAUGGAGAGGAUUGGCCUCUUCAGUGAGAUGGAAUAUGUUACUGUUGGGGAUAAAUAUGUGUCAUCAUUUAAUAGACCCUUUAAUGAGGCUGCAAGCAAAAACAGACAGAUGCUGCCUGGGGGAUCCAAGGAAAUGUCAAAUCUCCAGGCAGGUUAUUUUGAUCCCCGUUUUGUAAGAAUUUUUGAAGGCGAAGGCUAUGUAAAUCUGAAUCAAGUGAGGAGACGGCGUAUGAUGGAAGAAGCCAAAAAAAAUCUAAGCAAAGCCUUUCUCCCUAGCAGUGGAGAAAAAAAGCCAUGUGGAUUAGGAAGCUACUAUGGGACAAUAGGAGGUCCAGUCCCAUUCUUCAGUGCACAGUCAAAACCCCGGGAAAAAUAUGUGGUACCUGGAAAGAAUUUAUACACAAGCCCAGGCAAGAAAGGAACUGGAUAUGGCUAUGCGAAUAUUACCAUAGGUAAACAGUUUUCACACUCUGCUGAUUUCUACGAUGCACCGAGACUGAAUUAUAAGAAAGAGAAUGAAAAACACCAUGAUUUACUUAAAGGGACACCUUUCAAGUUAAAUCUUUACCCAAGGGAAUAUUUUGAUUCCAAUCCUUAUUUGUCUGAGAAGCCUUUACCGCCGCUUAAAAAAGCAGAGAAGAAAGAAGUACUUGCAAGCCCCUUUAAACCCUGCUCUCCUGGAAAAAAGGCUGGUGGAAUGAAGGCAGGAACAUUUGACCCUUACCCUUCACAUUCUGCUGACCCUUAUAUGGUUAAAUCGACAAACCAGAUUUCCAGCAAAGAUGUUAAGAUUUUCCACCCACCAGGUGGACCAAAAAGCAGACCGAUUGAAAGUAUAAUGACUUUGAAUGUCAAAAGGGCACUAAAUAUGAAGAACUACAAGACUGCUUCAGUACAGUCCUAUUAGCAUCUGGAAGACAAAUAGCUUGCUAGAGCCUGACUCUCAGUCAUUUGUUAUCAAGUGCUGAUUAUUUGAAAAAAUACAAGAUGUUGUGGACCAGAUAGCUCAAGCAUCAAAAGAAAGUUAAGCCUGCAACUAUAAUACUCUUUCUUGUUUUAGUACUGUUACUUAAUGAAUAAAUAGAAUUUGUUAAUAAUUUAACAUAUGAUUUGAUCUCCAUUUAGAUCUGUGUUUCUGAGAAGAAUACAAUGUUUAGAAAUUUUA